AUGCUGGUUCUUGACUCAGCAGAUACCGCUCAGAGCGAGGGCGAAGGCCCUGAUGGCUCAGACAAGCCCCCGCUUGAUGGCAGUACUCUACACACUUACCCCCAUCCAAAUUCUUUCAUCAACGGUACCACGUACCAUAUGCAACCGCCCAAGGUAGUCAAGGGUGGAACCCCACGCUCGGCAACGCCCUCCAUAACAGAUUCACCCUCACCAUCGGAGAGCGAGAAUUGGAGUGCUCCUUCAACCCGUCCUCCAAGCCAGGCUCCAAGCCGGGCUCCUAGCAUAUCGGGCGGUGUGUCAGGCAACAGACUAACCGUACCGAAUACGUCAAAGACUCCUCAGAAGGGCAAACCUCUGCCGUCAGAGAAACCACCUACCAGCCGCUCGAGGGCACCAUCCAACGCUCACUCGGACAGUGGGCAGAAAUUCACUCUCAAAGAUCUCAUCACUGCUUCUGCACCUAAACUCUCACGCAAGUCUUCUGCCCGCUCAACUAGUAGCAAGAAGUCAGAUUCCGACGUAGAUCGAAAAUCGGUUGGUGGUGAGAGUGCAGCCAGUUUAACGCAGAAGUACGGUGUUUGCCAAAAGGUUGCUAUUGGCAAGGGGGCCACUUCUGUCGUCCGCCUAGCCCACAAAUGGGAUAGAAGUGAAGAAAAGCUGUACGCUGUCAAGGAGUUCCGCAAAAGACGAAAGAAUGAAUCAGAAAAGGAGUACGUCAAGAAACUCACCGCAGAGUUUUGUAUUUCCUCUACGCUACACCAUAUCAACAUAGUUGAGACAGUGGAUCUCGUUCAGGACGAGAACCAACAUUGGUGUGAGGUUAUGGAAUUUUGCCCUGGUGGGGAUCUCUACGCUGCAAUCAAGAAGGGUGGUAUGUCGCCCAGUGAAGUCGAGUGCUGCUUCAAGCAGAUGCUUUCGGGUGUUUCGUAUCUCCACAGUCAAGGCGUCGCACAUCGUGAUAUCAAACCGGAGAAUCUCUUUUUUGACACCAAGGGCCAUCUGAAGAUCGGCGACUAUGGCGCAUCGACUGUAUACCGCCUGCCAUGGGAAGCGACAAUUCACAUGUCGACGGGGCUUUGCGGUAGUGAGCCGUACAUUGCCCCAGAGCAAUUUUUAGGCAAACCAUACGACGCCCGUUUAGUUGACAUAUGGGCGUGCGGUAUUGUGUAUUACUGCCUCCACUUCCAAGAGAUGCCCUGGCGUGCUGCUCAAAUGUCCGACACGCUCUAUGCGGCGUAUGUCGCAGCCUGUGCAGUUUCGCACAAAGACAAGGAUAAAGACAAGGAUGUCGUUUUCCCACCGACUAUCAACAACCUGAGCCCACGGGCGUGCCGCAGUUUAAUCCGGAGGAUGCUUGAGCCUGACCCGAAACUACGUUCUCCCAUAGAGGACAUCGUGGCGCAUUCAUGGGUGCAGGGUAUAGAAGUUUGUCAUGCUGUAGCAAAACCCACGCACGUGCAUGUGCAUGCGAUGCAGCAAGCGCAGAUCAUAUCAUCAUGAGGCGUUCUUGCGGGGGCAUGUCGCGUGUGCCAACACCUUGUAUGUUGUAACCUAAUAUCAGCCCUCUUGGAACACAGCGCCGCCUGUAUUCUUGAAGCAUAAUACACAGAACAAUACGCCUUCUGUCGUAGUAUCCAAUUUUCCUUUUUCUGCUAUUACAUCUGUCACUGUCUGCGCACCUGCUUACCAUAGCUUCUUGUAGUACUUACUUGGCCAUGGAAUCGAUGUCUUACGUCACCUACUAUUGUCGAACGGCACAAGGACUCCUUUGCAAUAUAGAAUAUGUCAUAGAACAGUACGGUAUUGUGGUAUGCAGUAAUGAGGUAGGGUAAGAUCGAGAAUUAUGCCCCGUCGUUGCCUGGAAAGCUAAAAGUCAAUAAAGAAUUGGAUUGGAUCUAAUUUAUCGUUAACA